UUCAGCAUAGUUUCAGACUCUGGAGGAAGACGCUGCCAAUGCAAGCAACAGAGCCUCGGCUGAAGUGGAGCUGAGGAAUUUUUGUGAGACUUUUGCUCAUAAAAACACUCCUUGUCUGAAGUUAGGAGAGGAAAGCUGAGAGAAAGUCUGAAUCUGAGACGGCAGUCAUGGCGCUGGUGAGAGUGGGUAGAGUGGCAGAGCGUCAGUGGGAAGUUUUAUUAUCCACUCUACAUCUGGCAUUGGAUGACUAACCAAACACACUGGAACUCCUUCACGCACCACUGAAGCGUUCUGGAAUCCUGAGAUGACCCGGAGCGGUGGGAUGAGUUUGGCAGUGCUGUCCUGCAUACUGUGGCUAGCAGCUCCUGCCCUCCUGCGCUCCGAGUUCAAGGUGGCUUACGUGACGGAAAGCAACGUUUACAUGUGCACAGAGCUGGCCUUCUGCGAGAAAAUGAACACGAGCGAACUCGGCAACUGCAGAGACCACUCAGAGGUGCUGCAGAAAACCCCAAAACCCAGUCCCGUCCAGAAGAAGCGUCUGACGGUUUGGUAUACAUCGCCUCUGAAUGUGGCCCUGUUCCUGAACAAUUCUGAAGUCCGGCAUUUGUCGCUGGUUCAGUGCAAACCUCCUGCUGAGCAGCCCGUCCUGUCUGAGUACUUCACAGUGCAGCGUUUGGAGACGUUCACCAUCACGUACCCCUUCCGGAAGCCUGAACAGAGUUAUGAUUUUGUAAUAGGGAAGGACAGGGAUGCUCCAUAUCACGAGGAGGCCAGGAUCGCGGUCAUUCAUACCUCUGUGCUGACCGGCAAGACAGAGCUGAAGUCCUACACCGUCCAAACCAAAGUAGAUCACAGCGGCAUGAUGUCCUUUCCGGAGAUUUUCAUGUCUCGCAGUGGGCUUUUGGAGAUGUCCAGGAUAUUUGUCACGUUUUUAUACUGAGAGAUUUUUUUUCUUAAAUUUUAGCACUGCAUUGUUGAUGUACAUGUCAAUAUGGGGCCAUUUUGCAUAGUUAGGACAGAUGUGAAUGCCCUACGAAAUGCAUUGGGAUGGAUAUAAUUGCGAUCGCCUUAAACUAAACUGAGAGACUUUUUUGCAAUUGAAAUGCUGCAUUGGUGAUGUUACUGCAUUACUGCAUCCAAAAUGGUGAAAAGCCUUGGAGUAACGAUUGAUGACCAACUAAACUUCUCUGACCACAUC